AUGUUCUUAACACAUUGGUUAUUGUUGGCGCUUUUUUGUGACACUUAUCCACAUGUAAAUGGUUGGGGACGUGUUGGUCACAGUAUAACUGUACGUCUUGCUCAAAGUCAACUGGUUGAUUCAGCACCAGAAUGGAUUCGAUCACUGACUCCUUGGCACUGGAAUGGAAAUUUAAGUGCCAUGUCUUCAUGGGCUGAUUCUAUACUCAGUGAAAAUAAUAAUCCUACUGGUUAUGCUAAUUGGCAAUGGUCUCGAAUAUUACACUACGUGAAUAUUCCUGAUUUGAGUUGUGACUAUCAACCAGAACGAGAUUGUAUUAAUGAUCAAUGUAUCCUUGGUGCCAUAAAAAACUACACGAAACGAUUAGUAACUGAACAUGAUCAUAUACAACAAGAAGAAGCAUUGUAUUUUCUUAUUCAUUUUUUGGGUGAUAUCCAUCAACCUUUACAUACAGGAUUUCGAGGUGAUCGUGGAGGCAACAGUGUUGUAGGAACUUUUAUGAAUGAAACGUCUCGAACGAAUCUCCAUUUUCUCUGGGAUGUAGGUUUAAUAGAGGUACGCUUAGAAAAAGAUUUUCAACAGAAUACUUCUCUUUAUUACGAUUAUAUUUAUCAAUUAAUGAUUAAUCAAACAUCACAGAUUGACGAUAAUUUGGAACAAUUGAAUGAACAAAAUAUAAAUUUAAUUUGUUCACAAAUCUAUUUCGAUGAAAACAAUGUCACCAUGAAUGCUUCAACUAAUUUUACUUUAGGAGAAAUUUAUUAUCAAAGAAAUAUACCAAUCGUUGAACAACGUCUUGUUGAUGGUGGUCGUCGACUUGGUGCGCUUCUUAAUCGGUUAGCAAAAACUCGUUCACAACAGCCAUCGGAUAAAAAACCGAAACUUUGUUCGGGUACCAUUGCUCUUAUAGUUAUACUAUGUUUAGAAGGUGUAUUGGCUAUUAUUGGAGGUGUUCUCAUAUGGCUUCGAUUUAAAAAUAAAUUAUCUACGACAUAUUCGAUUUCUGAGUUUUCCAAGACUUGA